AUGGCAGCGCUUGGAGCCCUAGUGAAGAAAGUGUGGAGUAUCCGCCGCUACCUGGUGCUGCUCUGCACCCCGCUGGUGCUGCUGCCUGUCCUCUUCAGCCUGCCCCCCAAGGUAACCCUUUGCCCCCACCCCGCCCCCCGUAAAAGCCACCCUGCAAGGGGGCUUCCUCCUCCUCCUCUCCGCCCCCACUUCCUUCUUUGCCCUAG